GGACCACGUGGGCAGAAGGCUAGACCACUAUGAGAGGCCAGAGCUCUCUCUGGGAUCUUAUGAAUAUGUCGCUACUUUGGAUUACUGCAGAAACAACAAGCCUCCCAACCCGCCGGCCUACAUCUUCAUGAUCGAUGUUUCUUAUAGUAAUGUGAAGAAUGGCCUGGUCAGGCUCAUCUGUGAAGAACUGAAGACGGUCCUGGAAAAUCUUCCAAAGGAAGAGCAAGAAGAGGCUUCAGCCAUUCGGGUGGGAUUCGUCACCUAUAACAAAGUCCUUCACUUCUUUAACGUCAAGAGUAACUUGGCCCAGCCUCAGAUGAUGGUGGUGACGGAUGUGGCCGAGGUCUUUGUUCCGCUCUUGGAUGGCUUCCUGGUCAACUAUCAGGAAUCCAAGGCUGUCAUUCACAAUUUGUUGGACCAGAUUCCAGAGAUUUUUGGCAAUUCUAAUGAGAACGAGACAGUCUUCGCUCCUGUUAUCCAAGCUGGCAUGGAAGCCCUAAAGGCAGCAGACUGUCCAGGGAAGCUGUACAUCUUCCACUCAUCGCUGCCCACGGCCGAGGCCCCGGGCAAACUGAAAAACCGAGAUGACAGAAAACUGAUCAACACAGACAAAGAAAAGACACUCUUCCAGCCCCAGACCAACAUUUAUGAAACCCUGGCUAAGGACUGCGUGGCCACCGGCUGCUGUGUGAACCUCUUCCUCUUCCCCAACCAGUACGUGGACGUGGCCUCAAUGGGCCUGGUGACCCAGCAGACAGGAGGCACGCUGUAUAAAUACAACAAUUUCCAGGUACACUUGGACAGCCAGACAUUUUUGAACGACCUCAGGAAUGAUGUCCAGAAAAUGAUCGGAUUCGAUGCUAUCAUGAGGGUCCGCACCAGCACAGGUUUCAGGGCCACCGACUUCUUUGGUGCUAUUUACAUGAACAAUACCACAGAUGUAGAGAUGGCCGGCGUGGACUGUGACAAAGCCGUGACAGUGGAGUUCAAGCAUGAUGACAAACUGAGCGAAGACAGUGGUGCCCUCAUUCAGUGUGCAGUGCUUUACACAACCAUCAGUGGCCAGAGGAGACUAAGGAUUCAUAACAUUGGCCUGAACUGCAGCAGCCAGUUAGCUGACCUUUAUAAGAGCUGUGAGACGGAUGCCCUCAUCAACUUCUUUGCCAAAUCAGCCUUCUCAGCGGUUCUCACGCAGCCCUUGAAGACAGUCCGGGACAUCCUGGUGCAUCAGACUGCUCACAUGUUGGCAUGUUACCGCAAGAACUGUGCCAAUCCCUCAGCUGUGAGCCAGCUCAUCCUGCCUGAUGCCAUGAAGGUGUUGCCAGUGUACAUGAACAGUCUGCUAAAAAAUUGUGUGCUACUGAGCAGACCAGAGAUCUCCAUGGAUGAACGAGCAUACCAGCGGCAGCUGGUCAUGGCGAUGGCUGUGGCAGACACUCAGCUCUUUUUCUACCCACAGCUUAUACCAAUACACACCAUGGAUAUCAAGAGUGAAACUCUCCCAGCUGCUAUUCGCUGCUCUGAGGAACGUCUUUCUGAAGGAGGAGUCUUCUUACUGGCUAACGGGCUCAGGAUGUUCCUCUGGCUGGGAGGAAGCACGCCACCAGAGCUGAUUCAAGGAAUAUUUAACGUGCCCUCCUUUACACAUAUCAACACAGACGUAACAUCACUGCCUGAGGUGGGGAGUCCAUACUCUCAGAAACUCAGACUGAUCAUGAGUAACAUCCAACAGAAGAAGCCAUAUUCGAUGAAACUUACGAUCGUGAAGCAGCGAGAGCAGCCAGAGAUAGCUUUCCGACAGUUCCUUGUGGAAGACAAAGGUCUUUACGGAGGAGCAUCUUACGUGGAUUUCCUUUGCUGCGUCCACAAAGAGAUCUGCCAGCUGCUGAGCUAAAAGAAACUGGCCUCUUCAUCCUUUGGCAUUUCCCUUUCUCUAAGGGGAUGAUUUCCCUUGAUCACUGUCCUGAAGGAUGCCUUGCAUUGGGCUUUCCCCAAGGCUUCCUUUCUGUACAGUUUCUGAUGUCUGAACCUACAUUGCUCAUCUUCUCUCUCUAGCGGCCUACAGAACUACAGAACAGGUAUCCAGCCGAAGACGAACAAGCUGGUCAGCCCUGAAAUAUAAGGAAAGCCCCUAUUUCUGACAGCAAAAUUUUUAAAACUCUAUCUAAGUCUAUGCAUUUCAUGAGGCAGAGUUUACAAGACUCAUUCUCAGUUCUUUCUUUUCUUCUCUAGUCCUAUAAAUUAUAAAGAUGUAUAGAUGUACGGAGGGAGAGGAGACCCUGGUGCCUUUCCCACUGAUGAUAUAUAGGAAGAAACCACCUUCAUUUUUAUAUGGUACUUAAUUUUGUAAAAGACUUAUUUUUCCAUUUCAAACUCAUUUUUUCCAUUCAGUGGCGAAUAUUUACAUAGCCAGUAGAGAAUCUUGCACCCAUUCAGCAACUUUUCAGAAUUUCAUAUUGUGAGUCGAACUUUUUUUCCCCGUUCCUUAUUUUGUCCAAAAUUUGUCAAUGUUCUUACUGGUUCUUUGUAUAAUUUUGAAAGUUUCUACCUGUAUGUAAAGAGAUCUUAACUGAUAGAGAUGAAUCGCUUCAUAAGUCUUAUCCAUCAAAUAUAGGCAAGAUUAAACAUUUUCUCAAAGGUAAAAUACGCGUUGGGAUGUAGAAAACAAGCAAGAGAGCAGCUGCCUGGCAAAGUGAAUAGAGCUGGCUUUGGACUAGCUGUGUGUGACCAAGACUCUCAAGUAAUUAAGAAGGUGCAGACCAGCACUACUAGAGGAAUUUUCUCCCUGGAACUGCCUCAAACAAUGAAAUCACAGAGCAAAAGAAAAGGCAAAGAAAGAAACUCAAAAGUUAUUUGGAUGGGCAGACUUAUGAAAGAAUGUGCUAGUCUUUUCUUACAGAGCAGUAAGGGUCUAUAAUGAAAACAAACUCUUCCUUAAAAAGCUGUUUUUCUUAAAUUCUAUCAACAAUUUUUUAAAAAUCCAUCAAAGUCAAAAAACACUCAUUAUUAACAAUAGGGUUUGUUACUCCACCUGUUUUCCCCCAGGCCUACCAUUUUUUAUCCAGAGUUAAAGGAUUUACUCUUGGAACCUAACUGCCCCCUCUGCCCCACUUGGAGCCAGGAUUCUAUAUUAACUGGCUUGACCAAGGUGCAGGGGCUAUCUUCACCCCACUCAUGUUUAUUGGAUACAUGUGGAUGAGAGACUUCUGCCAACCUGCCUCCCAGAUAAUGUGGAUGGAGCUCUGCUAACCCUGAGGGAGCAGUCACAAAUUGGGUCUACCCCACAUUCCAUGAAGAACCAUUUAAACUUCCAUUGCACAUCUUGUUUUGAAGGUACUUGAUUUUAAUCAUUAAGAUCUUCUGAAAACACAUUUUAUCCAAACUCCAGUGGGAGAAUCAAGUUGCCUUCAGUUACUCCUUUGAUGCUCACAUCUCCUACUUGUUCCUGGACUGCAGCCCUUGUAACACCUCAGGCAUCUGCACUGCCUUCCUGUUUUGGGGUGCUGUGGCUGAUGUUAAUAGGAACAUGGGCUGCCUCUCUACCACCCUAACACAAGGCAGCUUCCUCCUUGCGGUAACCCAUCCCAACUCAAGCCAGCCACAGAGAAUAAGCCUUAACAGGUACUUGUUUAACUAAGGAGAGAAAAACAUUUGUUGUGUUAAGUGCAAUUCAUUAUGUACUAAAACCUAAGGAUUUUUACCAGCAGUUUAAAACAUAACCAAAAUGAAAUGAAAUGAAAUUUUAUUAAAACAUUUUCAUCAUA